AUGUCUUCGAAACAGCUUGAAGAGAUUCAUCGUGCAUUCCAGGGGCCACCUCCUCGUCAGCUGUCCAGGGCAGGGAAAAUGGUUCUGUUUACUUGGUUAACGCUCGCUGUUGUCUUUGUUGGGUUGUACUCCCAAGGCUACUGCCAGACACCUCAAUGCUGGAUUCCUCUCACGAUUGCUGUUUGGUUCUCUGGGGUUAUGAUGACGAUCUUUGUGGCUACUGAAGGUGUUGAUCCGGAGAUAAUGAAGAAGAAGGAAUCAUAG